UUUAACGAUGAAAUAACACCUUUUAAAAAAAAUUAGAAUGAUAAAAAGAUUAGAGGCUUCUGAUAUCUAACCAGCAAUAAUAAUAAUCACCAAUAAUUAUAUUAAGAUAGCAUUGGUAGUAAAAAUAACCAUUGUGUAGAAACAUCUACACAAGUCACAAUCUCGAAUUCGCAAAUUUAAUUCAACUUUAUCGAAUCUUCUAUUAUUCGAAACAACAUUUCCAAAUUUAUUCUUCGCGAAAUUAUUCUUCUCGAACGAAAUGGGAGGGCGAAUAAAUCGACGAAGGAUGACGAUAGAUGGCGAUCCUUGCUUAAAAUCUAUCUCCGAUCUUCCCCGGGUAUUAACACCGAAAAUUCAAUUCGGUUUAUCGGCGACGUUAUCGCGAGCGUCACCGUAGCUGUCAGCCAAACGUUUCACUGUAUCACGGCAGAACAACGGGACAAUAAUUUCAACGUACGUGUACUCGCCGUGUCAGUUCCAUCGAUACCGUUCGCUUGACGGUUCAUCAUUCGUGUCGCGGCCACGUAUCUCGCCGAUCGAUGCGCCCAAUUUUUAUGAUCCGGCAUAGAAAACGAGAAGGAAAUUGCCAUCGUGUCGAAAGACAAGCUUUUUACGAGCGAAAGUUGCGACAGCGACUCGGUUUGAUGCCCGCUACGUGUCGUAAAUCAUCGUUUCCCGAAUUUCGAAAGGAUGUUUUACAAGAACACGGUUAAUGAGAGAAGAGAUUAGCGAUUGAAUACAUAUGCAUUAAUAAUUUUUUUCACGGUACCCGCGCGCACUGAAUUAAUUUCUAAUUAUUAUCGCAAGAGUAACGGCGCGGAGAGAGGGAAAGAGAGAGGGAGAGAAGUGUGCGAUGAAAUAUCGGCAAUUAUUUUCAAUCUGUCAAAAUGUGUAUGCCGUGCAGAUAUUAAUGACACGAGAUUACGUGUAUUUAUUGCGAGCGGGUAUCGUAGAUUGGAGGAACGUCGACUGUUAUUAUGCUGUGUAUAAUAUGAAAAUGUUUAUUAUUAAUAUCUAUGGUAUCGUGUUCUUUAUAACAUUAAUAUGAAAAUGAAUAAAAUCAUUAUGGUUUCUCUCCUUUUUCUUUAAACCUGCGAUAGCUCAAUUAAUUUGCAAUCUGCGAGAAGUUGAAUUUCUAUUUGUUAUAACACUUGUUAUGUCAAUUAAUGAAGUUCAUAUUUUAAUUUUUGUAUCAUUUGAUAGUAUUUUUAGUGUAGUAAAAUUUUGAUAUUAUUUUUUUCUUUUAACUAAUACAAAUAUCAUUAAAAUUUCGCAAAAUUCUUCUCACGUUUACAUUUGCAUAAACAUAUUAUUCUAGUAGAUCCCCUCUGUUUGCAGAACGAUUUUAUUUAUUAUUACUCUAAAUCUCUAUAUUUAAAUUGCAUAUUCGAAUUUGAUAUCGCAUUUGGCCCGUAACAUUGCGAUUACUCUUUUGCAUUUUAUCUCUGCGCAAUUUUACAUUUAUUUAUAUCAAAUAAUUACGUACCCGUAAAAGGUUAAUUUAUCUUCAUAAUUAUUAUGAUUUAUCAGUUUUAAUUCAUUAUCCAUUUGUUUGAAUUUUUUAAGUAAAAAUAACAUUUCAGCUUAUUCACUUAUUUUAAAACCCACUAGCCAAUUCAUAACUGUCAAUGUUGCCAAUAUACCUCCAAUUUAUGUAUCACGUUACUCGACCUCUUUUCUUAUUACGAGGAUCUCGAUUUCAGACAAGUUGAUAUUUCUUCGAAAUUGUCCAAGCAGGUUAAUCCUCCGUAAAUAACAUAAUACCGACCCCUCUGGUCGUAACUCGUUCGACGUCAAACUGUUACGAACAUACGUAUCGGUUAAGGAAAAGGAAGCUUUCCAUACAUCGUGAAAUAUCUUUUCCGCGGCACGGAAGUCGUAGUCGUGGCUUUAUGCACCGAUCAGAUGCAGAAUCGUACGUGUGCCAAUCGAAUUUAUUAAUGCAAAAUCGGACAUCUGGUUGAACGUAUUUCGGCCAGAUUCCAAAUUAAUAAAAUUUCUACUACGCCAGUUUCAUAUCGAAGCGAUAAAGAAUUCUCAGGAUCUUUCAUUCUCUCUCUACGCCUCUAAUUUCUCUCCGGAAUAAUUCACGGUGUACGAAAUCGUUUUCGAAUGCAUUAAACUUUUCGAUUGAAUCUCUCUGGGUAUUUCGUUCUUUCUUCUAUCGAUUAAUUUGCGCUAUUCAGACGUGCUCUGUAAAUAAUCAAAUUGCAUCGUAGAUAAUUUAAUCUGUUUCUGAAUUUAUCUUAUCGUUCGAGAACUCUAUUUUCCGUCCUGCGAUAAAGAGUGUUGCACGUGUUAUGCAUUACGAGCGAUGAUUAUCACAAAAAUAAUGAAAUAAUUUUUCCAGAAAUCAUAUCUGUUUCGUAGCUACGUUACGCAAUCAACUAUAUCUAAUUUGCUAUCAGUUCGUGUGUAACGUUAACAUUCUUUUUAUUUCAGAUUAAAAGUUUUCAUAAUUUAACAUCAUUUUAUAAACGUAAUGCUCACAAUGAAGCAUUUAGUUAUCUUUCAUAUUCAUUUUUAAAUUGUCAAGAGUAAUAACGCAAAAUGAUAUCACAAUUUUAGUUUAAUUAAACGAGUUAAAUUUUCAAUGUUACGUUUAUAAAUGGGAUAUUAAGCUCGAUAUAAAAGAGCGAAACAAUGUAAAUGUAAAAAAUUAAUAUCGAUAUCGUUCAUAGAUAUGUCCAAUGAUUCUUUCCAACGAUGCAUAAAAUAGAAAUUAGAAGAAUCUUCUUAGAAACUGUACGAACGAUCAUGUUUCACGUCCUCCAAUCCAAGAUCCAUUCCACAUCAUUGGUCAUCGAUAAUGGUGUCCAAUGAUCGCCCGCGAAAGCUAUUAAUUGCGGCGUUGGAAAGCAUUAUUUAUUUUAUCGCAUUUACGCAGCAUCACCGUUUAGCGAACACCUUCCCCUUAGAUCGCCUUAAAUGAAAAAUGGUUCCUAGAUUUACCUCACGGUUGACUUUAUUCCCCCUAAUCCCCUUCGCCGGUAGCAUUAAACGAGCGCUCAAUUAAAUUAAGACUAUUAAGGGCGCUUAUUGCCUCCUUCAAUCGCGUAAUUUAUUUCAGCAUCGUUUAAUGUAUUUCCAAGGAAAGUUAUAAAUUUAUAAUAAGCUUGUCAAAAGCUCGAGACAUUUCGCCCUCUCCGGGCCCCUCUCUGGAAAUGGCCGCCCCGUAAUAGAGGCAGCUAACUUCCUUAUAUCUGGGAAAUUACGCCUAUCGGCCGGUGCCGCGUGUUCCUCUUCUUCUCGCGUGUACGAUGAUGCGACGGAAGUGCAUGCAAUUACCCCGCUUUUAUAUCGUACGUAUAAUUGACAGUCAUAUCGCCAAGCUUAAUAUGGGUAAUCGUGUUAAUUAAUUAACGCAGCUAUGGUGCCAGUUUUAACAGGGGAAUCGAUCAAUUUUCAAAUUAAGAGAGAGAGAGAGAGAGAGAUUGGAGAGGAUGUACACUACCACGGUGACUACUCGGCAGUCGGAGGAGGAGAAGAAGAAGGACGACAAUCGGACGGUGGAGGAGGACGUGGAACCAGUUCCACUCGGGGAACGAACCCCGGCCAGGCUACGGAUAAUAUGGCGAAAUGUGAUUGGUAUCAUUGUGCUUCAUUUCCUCGCCGUUUACGGUUUCGUGAACGGUUAUCGAGAUGCCAAGCUGUGGACAUGGAUUUGGAAUAUCGGGUACGGUGUUGUUGCCGGCUUCGGAAUAACAGCAGGGGCUCAUCGACUGUGGGCGCAUAAAAGUUAUUCCGCCAAGACUCCUUUGCGAAUCUUUUUGGCUUAUUUGUAUUGCAUGGCUGGACAGACGCACUUUUACAAAUGGAUACGGGACCACAGGACGCACCACAGAUACACGGAAACGUGCGCCGAUCCACACGACGCGACUCGUGGAUUCUUCUUCUCCCAUAUCGGUUGGCUGAUGGUUAAACGGGACCCGGCAGUGAAGGAGUACGGUAGUAAAAUCGAUAUGAGCGACAUCGCAGCCGAUCCCGUGAUAAAAUUCUUCGACAAGUAUUACGAGGUCAUUAUGCUCACGUUGUGCUUCGCGAUGCCGAUAUUGGUGCCGAUCCUUGUGUGGGACGAGACGUGGUUCAUAAGCGUUCACGCGGCCCUCAUUCGCUACGUGUGGUCGUUGCACGCAACUUUUGUCGUGAACAGUUUCGCCCAUAUGUGGGGAAAUCGACCGUACAACAGGAGGGUGAAACCGACGGAGAACCCGGCCGUGUCUUUCUUCGCACUGGGUGAAGGUUGGCAUAAUUACCAUCACUCCUUCCCGUGGGAUUACAAGGCUGCUGAACUGGGCGCGUACGGCCUGAAUCCAACCACCGGUUUCAUAGAGUUGAUGGCGCUUGUGGGGUUGGCAUAUGACUUAAAAACACCGAGGAAGGAGUUGGUCGAUCGUACGAUCGCGAGGAAGGGCGACGGUACCAGUAGCCUAUGGGGACGUCGGAGAUGUUGAGAGGAAAGAUCUCGAAAAGAUCAAGAGGAAGAUGCGUAGCAAAGAUGUUCACAAGUUCUUGAGUAUAACAAAAAAAUGUAGAAUUGCAGAGAAAGAAUCAUAUUGUGAGAAAAAUAUCUCACAGUUCCGAAGAAAUUUCGAUUUUAAACAAUCUCAAAAAGAAAUACAUAUUCGUUAUUUAUAAAAAUGAUAUUUUUAUAAAUAAUGAUAGAAGAUAGCUCGGAUAAAUAUGGAAUAUUUAAUAAUUUGAACGAAUUUCCAUAGAAGAAAUUUUAUUUUUAAGUAACGUUAAAUACCAAGUAGAAAUAUCUACCCUAAAGCUUGCGAGCAUUCCCGAGCAUUCGGUAUUUUUAAAAGAAAGGAAAAAUAAAUUAAUGAGAAAUAUUUAAAUAGAUGGAAACGUCCUCUUUAUUCGAAUACCGACAUCGAAUAUUUGACAUCAGAUUUGUAUGCCUCGGACGUCACGCGAAUCUUUUCACCUUGUCACUCCACGUUUGUUUAACAGGUUGACGCGUAUCGGUCUAGAUCAGGAAUAUGCGUGAGCACGUACGCGUCAUAAUACCGAGUCCGAUAAAUGCGCGAAUAAACAGUUUCGUCGUGUACACGCGCCUCCCUCCGUCUCAUAUUCGAGUAUAUUUGUUAAAGAAAACGAGGAUCGGUGAAAUCGAAGCGGCGAGUAUGUGCACCACCGUGGAUGGCCGUGUGCAAAGUACGAUAGGGCGAUUACAGAAGGUAAUCGGGAUAGAUUCGCGUUAAUUAGCGAGGAUAUUUGCAGUGACACGUAACGCUGUAUCGGAGAUGGAACGAGUGAAACGAGAAAGCGUACAGGAUGCUUUCAUGGAAGUUUGUCUCGCAAAUGCAAAUAACAUUUGCAAAUGAAACGAAAUAAGGCUUACUUUGCCAAGGAACUUCACGAAUUUCCCCCCGUUGUAGCAUAUAUACAACCGUCAGCGUUGAGCUGACAGCAAACUUUAAACAUGGUUCGCAGCGUUUGCUGCGAGCUUCAAAUUCUAACGGGUGGAGACGUGAGAACUAUUUGUUUCGAUUAUAUAUAUAUAUAUAUAUAGUAUAUAUAGUGCGUGCGAAGCGCUUUUAAAAGGAAACGUUUUCGAAGCAUGGCCCCGUGGCUUGUUACGCAUCGCGUUGUUCAUUUAUUCAAGAAGUCCGUAGAAGAGUUGUCCAAAAGCGGCCUUGUUCCGACCCGGCAUUAAACCGGUGAAAGCAAAGGUGAAGGGUUGUCGUUUCAGAAGGUACGGUAAUGAAUGCUGCAGUAAUGAACCGUGUUUACCCUAUGCAUUCGACUUGUCAACCCGUGUGCAACACGGUUUAUUUUCGGUUGGUCCUCCGUUGCUUUCCAUUGUCCCUUCGAAACGCCGACUACUUUCGGCAGCAAAUUUAUUAUACAAAGAUAGGAAUAAAGAAUGUUGUCGAAAUAUUGUAAAAUAUUAUGAAUUAUAAUUAUCUCUUUUUCGAAAUAAAUUAGUUAAUUACUUUU